AGGAGUUAAGAGGUUAAAGUCGAAAUGAAAUUAAAAUGAAAAACUGUCAUUUGUUUUGGAGUAUUGGUGUAUACAAAUAACUUAUCUGUGAGGUUCAUAUUUUUUUUAUUCAUGUGCCCCUCCUCGAAACUAUCUUUCUUUAUAUUCCGUUCAUAUGGUAUGGCAGGAGGGAAAACAUUGCACUUCAGCUGUAUAAAUUUAUGGUGUGUUCACGUGAAUGCCUGCCUGCGUGCAUGUGUGUGUGUGUGUGUGUGUGUGUGUGUGUGAGAGAGAGAGAGAGAGAGAGAGAGAGAGAGAGAGAGAGAGAGAGAGAGAGAGAGAGAGAGAGAGAUGCAGAUAUGCUGUUCUGAAAAAAGCAAUUAUGUCUAUUUAUAUGUUAAUGAAUUCUGAUAAUUUUCGUGUUUAGACCACACCCACAUUUUUCCUCUAAGUAACAAUUUCAUUAUUAAGAUUCAUUCACACUCUUUUGGCCACAUAUAGUUUUAUGCUCCUGUAUAGCUUAUUGGUAAAGCAUUGUGUUAGCAGCGCAAGGGUUCGACCCAGAGAAAACACACAUUGAUUGACUGCUUUGGACAAAUACGUAAGUGUAAAUGUAAAUGUUCCGAAAAUAUGUAUGAAUAUUUUGAUUGCAAUGUUUAUGUGUACAGUAGCCUAUUUUUGUAUUUUAAUGCUUGUUUAAAUGCUUGCAGUAACUUUAAAUAAUAAGAAAAUGUUUAUGUGAAAAAAUGCUAUUCAUUUUUAUAAGCACAUUAAUGACAUGCAUUUAUAUCACCAUAGAUUUACACAGUUUAUCAGAUGGUGACAGUGUAGGGCAUAAUGUAAUGAGUGUACAGUACUGUAUCGUGUUUAAUACACCACACCAUUUAAAACAUCUUUGCUGCAUUAACUCAUCAUUCAAUGGUUUGUUAAUGAAAUCCAAGUAGGUUUUCAUUGCAUGUCACAGUGAACUUAUUUACAGUUUAAGGAAUAUAAAAUAACAGGUUUGAUAAACAAUUAUAAAGCCAGUCUCAAGUUUUACAAAACUGUAAAUAGCAAACUUUAAAUAUUAAAUGUUUAAAUGGUUAAAAAAAUGAAUAUGUAAACCAUAGUCUAUUCAAAAUAUGAAGAUAAACAUCAUUUACAAAUAUGGAGGAGAGUAACAUUCAUUCAGAUGUACUGUGAUAAACUAAAAACGAAUUUAGUUCAAACUCUCAUGUCAACAGGAUUGAUUCACAUUCAGUGCCGAGCUGAAGUGACCUGUCAUUCAAAGAUGAAGUUCAUGUUUGUGACUCUACUGAUUAUUGGUGAAAUUACAGAUUUAAGAGCAGAUCAGUUUGCUGUUGUUGGACCUGUAGCUCCUCUCCUCGCUGUAGUUGGUGAAGAUGUGAUUCUGCCCUGUUCUCUUAAACCCAACAUCAGUGCUGUAAACAUGAGAGUCGAGUGGUCCAGACUUGAUCUCAAAGACUCAGUAGUUCAUCUCUAUGAAGAUCAUGAAGAUAAAAACACAAAUCAGCUUCAGUCGUACAGAGGAAGAACUGAAGUGUUUAAAGAUGAACUACAGAAAGGAAACACAUCACUUAAACUAUCAAGAGUUAAAGUCUCUGAUGAAGGACGUUAUAAGUGUUUUAUUCAGUCCAAAACCAACUAUGAUGAAAUCACUGUUGAUCUCAGAGUUGAAGCUUUAGGAAGUCCUCCAGUCAUCACUGAAAAUGAAUCUGAUGGUUCUGGUGGACUUCAUCUUCAGUGUGAAACUAAAGGUUGGUACCCUGAACCUGAACUUGUGUGGCUGGACAGUGAACGAGUCACUUUGACAUCUGAAACUACAGACACACAGAGAGAGACAGAUGGAUUCAGAGUAAAACACAUGAUCACUGUAUAUAACAGAGACAGUAAAUAUCACUGUAGAGUCAAACUGAGACAUCACGUGAUGGAGACUGAGAUUAUUACAUCAAGUCAAAUGUUUAACCCCUGGAGCUCUUCAGGGAUUUUCAUUUAUAUUGUGGUCAGUGUGGUCAUUGCAACACUGAUCACUUUGUCUGUUAAUCACAAAAGAGGUCGCACUAUUGACGGUGGAAACGGCACACAUUAUCUUGUAAAGAUCAACAGAGUGUCAAGUGAACCAAAAAGUAAAGGUGUGGGAACCAAGAAACCCCACAAACUGAAGAAAAGAUAAAGAGUGAGAACCAAAGACUAAAGAGCCUGCAAUUAAAUUGACUAUGUCUUUAGAAAUAAUCUUUAUGUCUCUGACAACAUUGUUCGGUACUCAAAAUAUUUUGUUUUCAAUAUUAAUGUAUAUGGGAUUGAGAAAAAAAUAAAACAGUAGCCUACUAGGAUUUCCUUGACUUUUGAAAAUAUGCAACCAAUCUGGGCAUUUAAGUAUUCUGUGAAUGUG